AUGAUGGCUGGCGUGCUUGAGGCGAGGCGCCUGUUCCCGUAUGCCAUUGACCGGUUUGUUGAGCUGUCCAUCCGCAGCCAUCGCCGCGGCACCGCCGACCUCGUCAACCAGCUCAUCACGGAGAAGCUCUGGCAGAAGAAAGCCAAGAUCACGCAGGCGCUCCUGCGGGCGUAUCUGCUUGAAAAGGCGCUGGCACCGGACGUCCCAUAUGCGCACGGCCCCGCGUGCGAACUCAACAAGCGCGUGGUGGUGUCGCCGGGUGUGGUGGCGAGUGACGCAGCAGCGGCACAGACCAUGGCAGCUGCACGUGCGCAGCAGCGCAAGAACCUGCGCACUGCACGCGUGCAGAGCACUGGAGGUCACAUAGCGGCGAUUGCAAACGGACCGCCACCACGCCAACAAUCACAGGCACAGCAGCAACAGCAGCAACAUCAGCAGCAGCGCAGUACUACGCCGGCACUGUCAGCACCAUCAUCGUCGGCAACAACACCAGCAGCAACAGGAGCAAGUGGCAGCGGCAAUGCGAAUGGUGGUGGCGAUGGCAGGAAGGCGACGAGCGGAGCAGGGACGCCUGUUGUGCCGUCACGACUGUCGUCUGUAUCAGACCUCACCAGCGGCGGUGGUGUCGGCAGUAUGCGAACAACGACGACGACAACGACGACAUCGACGAUACCGAAAGCAGACACAGCGAGCAACGCAGCUGCCGCUACAGCAACAGCAACAACAGCAUCACAGCAGCAGCAGCAAGGAGCGAAGCGGCGACAGCAGGAUGGGGACGGCACUGAGCAGCCCACCAAACUCGCUAAGCAAGGUGGUGGUGACGAUGAUGGUGGGUGGGCGUAUGAUGCGUUGUCGAGCGCUAAUUCAGACCUGGGGCCCCGGCGCUAA